AUGCGUUUUAAUAACGCUGACACCGUAGGAGACCCUAGAACGAAUGAAGCUUCUGGAAGCAGCAAUGUUAGAGGAGGAGGACGACUCAGCCAAGCGGAGUUGCACGACCGGAGCCGCCGCGAACUUUGUUUCAAGUGUGGAGAACGAUGGGAUCGUACCCAUCGCUGUCGGAAUGCGCAGUUGCAGUUGCUGGUGGUCGAGGAAGCUGAAAAGGCGCAUGAUGUACCGACGGUCGCGAACGAAGAAAAAGGAGACGAGGAGGAGCAACCGAUCGGAACGGAUACCUUACAGUUGUCAGUCUACAGCAUCCUAGGGCUCUCUUCGAACCAAAGCAUGCAACUAUGGGGAUCCGUGAAGCGCGAGAGGGUGACAACGCUUGUUGACUAUUGUGCCACACACAACUUUGUCAACCGUCAUGUGGCUGAAAAAUUGGGUUUGCCCAUUGAAGAUUCCUACAGCUUUAACGUAGUGUUGGGAGAUGGUCACAAGGUAGGAAGUCAAGGGGUGUGCCGUCAAGUAGACCUACAAAUUCAGGAGUAUCAGACGAAACAGGAUCUGUUCAUCUUUGACCUAGGAGGUGCGGAGGUCAUUCUUGGAAUGGAUUGGCUGAAGGGUUUGGGGGAAAUUACAACUGAUUUCAACAAGCUGACGUUAAGAUUUCAAGCUGAGGGUAAGCAGAUGACUCUUCGUGGUGAUCCUUCACUCUCUCGUAAGGGUGCUUUGGCCUCUGUACGAUCAAUGAUGAAAACCAUGAAGGAUGAGGGCCUCGGUUGUGUGAUUGAGCCUCAGUGGGUCCAAGGAAACUCAUCAGCAGAACAUGAGAAGUGGGACGAACUCUCUCAGCUGCUGGCCGAAUUUGAUGAUAUCUUCCAACAGCCUCAAGGCUUACCUCCCCACCGGCGCCAUGAUCAUGCCAUCGAACUUAAACCUGGUAGUGCGGUACCCAAUAUUCGUCCCUACAGGUAUCCUCAUUAUCAGAAGUCUUUAAUUGAAUCUCUGGUGUCUGAGUUGCUUACUGCAAGAAUGAUACGUCCAAGUAUCAGUCCUUACUCGAGUCCAGUAAUUCUGGUGAGAAAAAAAGAUGGAAGUUGGCGAGUAUGCAUGGAUUAUAGGGCCCUCAACAAGCUCAUUGUACCCGACAAGUUUCCCAUUCCUGUUAUUGAGGAGUUACUGGACGAGUUGGGAGGAUCCAGCAUUUACUCCAAAUUGGACCUCAAAUCCGGGUAUCACCAGAUACGCAUGAGGGAAGAAGACAUUCCCAAAACGGCUUUCAGAACCCAUGAGGGUCACUAUGAGUACUUAGUGAUGCCUUUUGGGCUCACAAACGCUCCAUCUACCUUCCAGUCCUUGAUGAAUGAGAUAUUGAGGCCGCAUUUGCGCAAGUUUGUUCUGGUGUUUUUUGAUGACAUUCUUGUCUACAACAGCUGUAAGGAUGAGCAUUUAAGACAUCUCAGGGCUGUUCUGCAGAUUUUACGUCAACAUCAAUUGGUAGCAAAUAAAAAGAAAUGA